AUGAUAAAGAUAGCGUUGGCAGGGACCAGUGGUCUCGCCCAGUAUAUUGCUCACUACAUUUCUACACAGACAUAUCAUCAGUUUUUCUUUUUGUCAAGGAACCCCAAUCCCGCCCUAACAGCUCGAGGCUGGCAGGUAUUGCCCGUCGAUUAUAACAACCAGAGCGACGUUCGAUACAAGCUUGUUGGUGUGGACACGGUCAUUUCAACAAUAUCAGGCCAAGCGCAACUGUCGUUGAUUGACGCUGCAGCCGAAGUCCAUGUCAGGCGAUUCGUGCCUUCAGAGUUUGAAGGCUCUCCGCUGCAGCGACCAGAGAUUGACCCCCUCGAUCGAGGACAGAAAUUUGCCCUUGCCAGGCUUCGAGAGAAACAACAACUUGGGAUGGAAUUUACUGUCUUCUCAUGUGGCGUGUUCUAUGAAAGGUUCUAUCCAGGAGGUAUGGCGGCGCUUCAGUUGGGUGCGGGAACACAUAUAUCAGGCGAGGGACAAUACAUCUUGGAAAUACGUCGUCAAACAGCCAGCAUACCUUACCACCAUUCCGGGGAUGGCGUCUAUGUAUGCAUGACAUCCGCCGAGGAUGUUGCUCGCUACAUUGUAGCUGCUCUCGACCUUCCCAAUUGGCCGAAUGAAUUCCUCAUGGCGGCUGAGAGAAUGAAAAUUGAUGAUAUCGUUGCGAUGGCAGAAGUCAUGUCCGGUUAG